AUACCGAAUUUGGAGAGAGCGGACUGCUUUCUUAACUGUAAAGAAACGUAUCUAGCGACACCUUAGUUCAUAUAGUUUCAUUUCCAGUUGAACCGUUAACUAAGCUCCCCUGUUAUCGGUUUCGGAAGUAUAACGUUAUGUCCUCACCGUGGACAGAACGGCAGGGACACGUUGGUGAUCUGCAAAAGAAGAGUAAAGAAGAGCUCUCUGACAUUUUACUCCGCCAGGAGAAACUUCUGUCUAACAAGAGGUUUAUUCAGUCCCUUCCUGACAAAGGGAAGAAGAUAUCAGACUUUGUGGAGAAAGUGCGUCAGGCCCUCGCCUACCAUGAAGAGGAGGAGAGGAAGCGCGGCAUGCUGUCGAGUGUCAGGGCAGAGUUGCAGUCUAAAUAUCAGCAAGCGCUGUUCCAGCGACAGCCCGGGAAUAACACCCACGCGCCACGCGUGGAGCUUUCAGAGACACUGCAAAAAGCCAGAGAGGGCGGAAUCCCAGCCACACCUGUCCCGGACACUGUCAGCUCUAACAGGGUUAAUGGUUCUGUUGACGCCGGAGCAUCCACAGUUGUAAGCAUGGAGACCAUGGUUGCUGGUGAUGCAGGGGUCUUGGCGACCUCUGACAGGACAGAAGAAAAAGACCUCGUUGAAGCCUUUGAAAAGGUCACACUGUCAGGUGAAACCCUGGAGCCUGGCAGGUUGUCAAACGCCGAUUCUAGCGAUGGUGUCCGAGGCAACCCGUUCAGUCACGAGCAGACACAGAAGAAGCCACACUACAUUGAAGUCCUGGAGAAGACGGAGCUCAACCCAGCUCCAAGGAAACCAAAAUUUAAACCUAAUCAGCUAGCCCAGAAGCCCGAUGGCUCUCUGUCAGGGUCCUCCUCACCCAGCCGAUCUCCCGGGGGAACGUCCCAGCUGUCUGCGGAGGCCAGGAGACAGCGAGACAGGAAGCACCUUGAUGACAUCACGGCUGCCAAACUGCCUCUGCUCCACCACAGCCCGGCCCAGCUCCUGUCUCUGGAGGAGUCAUCUGCCCUGCAGCGAGAGCAGGAGAGGAAGUACGAGGAGCUGCAGGCCAAACUGGCUGCUCAGAAGCUGUCCAAGAGGCUGGGCGUGAGCAUGGGGAGCUACAACCCGGAAGGGGGGCAGAUGGGAGUGUACAGGGAGGUGCACGACAAUGCGUCCGGUCACUCGGAUGAGGAUUAGUCCAAGGGGAGUGUAGGUGGAACCUCGCUGCUGUCCGAACUGCUCCAUCAGCAUGAUGUAGGAGCGCUCAUGGAAAACUAAUGAGGCACUGAUCAUCGCAGAAACACAGAGUGCAUCGACCCCAGGAUAUGGAUUCAAAGUCAUGGCCGACUCUGGGGAUUUCUUUUGGAAGUGUAAUUGAAAGAAUUACCUGCUCAGUUGGUCACCACAGACCUCACUUUGACAUUUAUUAAUGGUCCUCUUCCAGUGUUAACAGGCACUGUUACGCAGUUGUUGAGUAAAAGAUUCUAUGCGUGUGUGGGGCUUAGGAAUGUCUAUAAUGCAGCAGAUUCAGGGUGGGUUUCAAUCAAUAUUCAUCCCCAACAUUGAUUUACAAUUAUUAAAUGCAAGUGUUACUGUAAGUCUUCAUGAACAUGAGUUUGGCUUGUUUAGCUAUCGCCAAGCUUCAGAAGGCAAACCUUUUUUAUUGGAAAAAAAAAACAGUUGCAUUUGCUUGUUAGUUAUUAUGGUUAUUAUGGUGUAUUCUUUUACAUUUCUACAA